ACCAGUGUAAACAGCGCCAGCGUCAGCGGAUCUGCUGUCAGAGUGUUUGUAACUGCGCGACUGUAAGCACACACAGACGCGAUGGCCGAGAGCGACUGGGACACGGUGACAGUGCUGAGGAAGAAGGGUCCGUCCGCCUCUCAGUCCAAAUCCAAACAGGCGAUCACUUCUGCUCAGAGGCGUGGAGAAGAAGUGGAGACCACCAAGAAAUGGGCAGCGGGGCAGAAUAAGCAGCACCUGGUGACCAAGAACACGGCCAAACUGGACCGUGAGACGGAGGAGCUCCACCAUCAGCGCGUGCCACUGGAAGUGGGCAAAGUCAUCCAGAAAGGCCGUCAAGACAAGGGUCUGACCCAGAAAGACCUGGCCACUAAAAUCAACGAGAAACCUCAGGUCAUCGCCGAAUAUGAAAGUGGGAAGGCGAUCCCAAAUAAUCAAGUCAUGGGCAAAAUUGAGAGAGCCAUUGGUUUGAAGCUCCGUGGGAAAGACAUAGGGGAGCCACUGGAGGCCAAAUCCAAGAAGAAAUGAAGACAAAGCCUCGAAAUCAGCCCGGACGUCCCGUCCUCCUAACCUGGGCUGAUGGCACUGGAGUCUCAGUGUCGAGCUGCAUCAACAAUGACGAUGUUCACAAACCCAAAGUGCUGUGAUACAGUUUGGCAGUUCCUUGCUUUGGCAUGAAGUCUUUCUCUUGUAGAGAUUAAAUUUUCAAUCUGUUUUAUUUGCAGUGAUUUACAAUGAUUUAAAAGCAUGUUUUGCUCAAUUGUGGCCUUGCCAUGCAUCUGACAUCUUUAUGUCCUACAGAUUCAUUUUUUGAAAAAGGCUUGAAUAAAGUUUUUCUUUUGGUGA